AUGUUGUUAAAUAUUUGUUUUGAUCCCACUAUAUUCACCAAUGAAACACCAGAGAGCGCUCACUCCGACAGUAGUGUGGCGGCACGAUUAGCUCGGUCACGCCACAGCGACGGGAGUUGCAACCAAACGUGCCUCGACGGCACCCACGGCCAGCAGAGAAACUACCUCAGCAACAGCAGCGCCAAGACCAGUGGUGGUCAAAAAAGGACGAUUAAGACGGCAUACAUUGCAAAAAAUGACGAGUCUCAUCCAGUCACCGACGAAGCAUCAACUCCCGCACCGACGCAAUCGCAGUCGCAAUCGCAGUCGCAGUCGCAGCCGCAAUCGCAGUCGCAAUCACAUCACUGGGGUUCAACCAUGGGCAGACCACAAAAGACUUACCAACGAAGAGUCACCUUCAAACUUCCCGCGGAAACUCACUCGGGGGGAGUGGUUGUGGCGGCACGAUUAGCUCGGUCACGCCACAGCGACGGGAGUUGCAACCAAACGUGCCUCGACGGCACCCACGGCCAGCAGAGAAACUACCUCAGCAACAGCAGCGCCAAGACUAGUGGUGGUCAAAAAAGGAGUUACAAGCUCGCGCUACAGCGGUAG